UUAUUCCACCUUCCUUCAUUUGAUCUAAAAUGACAUGCACUGUAAACUCAAAGUCUGUAGCUUUCUACAAAGGCAGGACCAGCAGUGAUAUGGCUGCUGAUGAUAAGUCCUCGUCUUCGUCCUCGACGGACUGGAGUAUCGAGCCGCCCGUCAUCUCGCCCACCAGCCCCUCCCACCUGACCCACUUCAAACCACUGACCCCGGAGCAGGAAGAGCCCCCGCUCCGCUCCGCGUACAGCUCGUUUGUCAACCUGUUUCGUUUCAACAAAGAGGAGGAACGUCCUCCAUCAGCGGCUUCAGAGAAGCCCGAUGUGCCAUCCCCUUCUCCUCAGUCAGAGAGGAGGAGCUGGUCCUCCAGUCCAACCCACUCCCUGUAUGGCUCCAGAACGCACCGGAAACAGCACCCAGACCACCUCAGACGCACCUCCACCGCCUCCGACGGCAGCAGGAAAUCUGACACGCCUUUAAGUAACCAUGACCCUCGCACAGCCGUGCAGCUCCGCACUGCGCUGAAGAGGCUGAAGGAGAUCAUGGAGGGGAAGAGCCAGGACAGCGAUCUGAAGCAAUACUGGAUGCCUGACAGUCAGUGUAAAGAAUGUUACGACUGCAAUGAGAAGUUCACGACCUUCCGCCGCCGCCACCACUGCCGGCUUUGCGGUCAAAUCUUCUGCAGCCGCUGCUGCAACCAGGAGAUCCCCGGGAAGUUCAUGGGCUACACUGGUGACUUGCGUGCCUGCACGUACUGCCGUAAAAUCGCGCUCAGCUAUGCUCACUCGGCGGACUCGGGCUCCAUCGGCGAGGACCUGAGUGCCCUGUCGGACUCGCCCUGCUCCGUGUCCGUGCUGGAGCCCAGCGAACCACGGACGCCCGUCGGAGGACGCAAAGCCAGCAGGAACAUCUUCCUGGAGGAGGACCUGACCUGGCAGAGUAUGAUCCACCAGGAACAGCAGCCCUCCAGACUCACCACGCUGCAGGAGGACGUCGGCAAGUCGCCUGCCAGGAAAAGGUCGGCCAGCGUGACCACUCUGUCCCUGGACCGCUCCGGCUCCUCCAUGGUGCCGUCCUACGACUCCUCGGUCAGCCCGCCCACCAGCCGGGCCAUGUCCGGCACCAAGAGCGGCUCCAAGUUGGACCACAGCGAGGAGGAGAGGAAGAUCCUGCUGGACUCGUCCCAGCUGAAGGACCUGUGGAAGAAGAUCUGUCACAACAACACGGGGAUGGAGUUCCAGGACCACCGCUACUGGCUGAGGACGUACCCCAACUGCAUCGUGGGAAAAGAGCUCGUCAACUGGCUGCUGAGGAACGGCACCAUCUCCACCAGGGCGCAGGCCAUCGCCAUCGGCCAGGCGCUGGUGGACGGACGCUGGCUGGACUGUGUCACGCACCACGACCAGCUGUUCAGGGAUGAGUACGCUCUCUACCGCCCCCUGCAGAGUACAGAGUUCUCCGAGACGCCGUCUCCAGACAGCGACAGCGUGAACUCUGUGGAGGGACACUCGGAGCCGUCCUGGUUCAAGGACAUCAAGUUUGAUGACAGCGACACGGAGCAGCUGGCAGAUGAGACCGACUACACCACGCCCAACUCUGCGAGUCCCAGUAAGAGGACGUCUGUCAGCAGCUUCCAGUCAGUGGUGGACAGCGACUCGGCUGCUUCCAUCAACCUCAACAUGGAGCAAAACAACGUCAACUUCCACAUCAAGAAACAGUCCAAGUAUCCACACGUGCCUUCCACCGCCGAGCAGAAAGCUGAGUUCCUUCUGUCGGAGGACGGAGGACAGAAUAUUGUGAUCAGUGACGCCUUCAUCAAAGAGUCUCUGUUUGACCGCCGUGUGGAGGAAAAGGCCAAAGAGAUGCUGUUCACGCCGCUGGGCUGGCACCACAGCUCGCUGGAUCAGCUACGAGAGGAGAACGGAGAGAAGAAAGCCAUGGAGCGGCUGCUCUCUGCCAACCACAGCCACAUGAUGGCGCUGCUGCAGCAGCUGCUCUACAGCGAGUCUCUGUCUCUGUCCUGGAGGGACAUCAUCGUCCCCGUGGUGCGGCAGGUCGUCCAGACCGUCCGGCCUGACGUCCGCAACUGUGACGACGACAUGGACAUCCGACAGCUCGUCCACAUCAAGAAGAUUCCUGGAGGAAGGAAAUUUGACUCGACGGUUGUAAACGGCUUUGUUUGCACCAAGAACAUCGCCCACAAGAAGAUGAACCCGUACCUAAAGAACCCUAAAAUCCUGCUGCUGAAGUGCUCCAUCGAGUAUCUGUACCGCGAGGAGUCCAAGUUGUCCUGCAUCGACCCCAUUGUGCUGCAGGAGCGAGAGUUUCUGAAGAACUACGUGCAGCGCAUCGUAGACGUGCGGCCCACGCUGGUGCUGGUGGAGAAGACGGUGUCUCGUAUCGCUCAGGACAUGCUGCUGGAGCACGGCAUCACACUCGUCAUCAACGUCAAACCGCAAGUGUUGGACCGUGUGAGCCGAAUGACUCAGGGAGACUUGGUGAUGUCGAUGGACCAGCUGCUCACCAAACCUCGUCUGGGAACCUGCCACAAGUUCUACAUGCAGCCCUUCACCUUGUCCAACAACGAAGCGAAGACUCUGAUGUUCUUCGAGGGCUGUCCUCUUCACCUCGGCUGCUCCAUCAAGCUGCGCGGCGCAGCGGAGUACGAGCUGGCGAGGGUGAAGGAGAUCAUCAUGCUGAUGGUGUGCGUGGCGUACCACUCCCAGCUGGAGAUUUCUUUCCUCAUGGACGAGUUCGCCAUGCCGCCCAGCCUGGCCCAGAGCACCUCGUUCCCCUGCCUGCUGGAGGGCGCCUCCGUCGAGGAGAAGGAGGAGGACGGAGAGAGCCGGGAGGCGGUGGACUCUGGACAGCCUGAGGAGGAAGGGCUUCCCUCUGAGUCUUCAUCCAGAAACGGAGAUUCAGACUCUCUCAAGGACAAACCGAUCUUUUCCUGCUCCGUCCAGGAGGAGGACGCCACCAGCGCAGAGACAAAAAUCUCCUCGCCGUUUGCCAGUAACCUCUCAGCGCCUCUGUCCGUCUCUCCUCCGUUCCUCAUGGAGGAGGACGAGCCGGAGAGCUCGGAGACGCUCCACGUGGCGUCCGAGGGGGAGACGGAGGAGGAGGAGGGGAGCCUAGUGAAGGGCGAGUCGCAGGACACGGAGGACGGCGAAGGCUCAGAGACGACCGGGACUCCCCGCCUGUUCAGAGACCCUCUGCAGGACGACACGGGGAUGUUCGUGGCCGAGCAGGUGGCGUCGACGGAUGACCGGCUGAAGUCGAUCUCUGCCGUGUUCAAGCAGGAGCUGAAGGACAUCAUCCUCUGCAUCUCCCCCUUCAUCACCUUCAAAGAACCGUUCCUCCUGGUGCCCGCCGGCAUGCACUGCCCCAGCAGGGACUACUUCCCCGAACAGGUCUACCUGUCUCCUCUCCUCAACAAGGACUUCAAAGAACUGGACGGACGCAGGAAGCGGCAGCUGCUGAAAGACUCCGCCCCCUCCUCUCUGGGCGGUGCACAGACGAACGGCACCCCGCAGCCGAAGCCCGUCGAUGUGCUGCCGUCCCACAGCCUCACCAGCACCCGCAUCAUCGGUCAGCUGAGCAGCAGCCAGGACCUGGCCAAGAUGUUGGCGGACUACAGAGCCAAGGGAGGCCGCAUCCGGCAGAGGGAGGCCGCUGACCCCUUUUGCGCCGCCGGCGCCACAGCUCCUGUUGGCGCGGUGAGCCGGGCGGCGGACACGGCGGCGAAGCUCCCGGUGAAAGCCGACAGCGAAGAAGAGAAGCCGAGCAAAGUGAACGACAUGAGCUGGGCUCCCAAGCUGGACUGUCUGAACCCCGUCAACCACCAGAGGCUGUGUGUUCUCUUCAGCAGCUCGUCGGCUCAGUCCAACAACGCUCCGAACCCCUGCGUCAGCCCGUGGAUCGUAACAAUGGAGUUCUACGGCAAGAACGACCUCUCUCUGGGCGUGUUCCUGGAGCGGUACUGCUUCAGGCCGUCCUAUCAGUGCCCCAGCAUGUACUGUGAGACUCCCAUGGUGCACCACAUCCGGCGGUUCGUGCACGGCAGCGGCUGUGUGCAGAUCGUGCUGAAGGAGCUGGACUCCCCCGUACCCGGUUACCAGCACACCAUCCUCAACUACUCGUGGUGCCGCAUCUGCAAACAGGUGACCCCCGUGGUGCCGCUGUCCAACGACUCAUGGUCGAUGUCUUUCGCCAAAUACCUGGAGCUCCGUUUCUAUGGACACCAGUACACGAGGAGGGCGAACGCUGAGCCCUGUGGACACUCCAUCCACAAAGACUACCACCAGUACUUCUCCUACAACCAGAUGGUGGCGUCCUUCAGCUACACGUCUGUACGGAUGCUGGAGAUUUGUCUUCCUCGUCCAAAGAUCUUCAUCAGGAACCUGGGACCGUCUAGAACCAACCUGCUGCAGGACCUGAAGGACUUCUCUCAGAAAGUGACUCAGGUGUACCUCGCUAUAGACGACCGCCUCACCUCCCUGAAGACUGACACCUUCAGUAAAACUCGAGAGGAGAAGAUGGAGGACCUGUUCGCUCAGAAAGACAUGGAGGAGGCGGAGCUGCGCAGCUGGAUUGAGAAGCUUCAGGCUCGUCUGCAGACCUGCGGCGUGGAUUCUCCUCAGCAGGUUCAGGCGGUCCUCGAGUCGCUGGUGAUGAAGAAACAGAGUCUGUGUGAGAUGUUACAGUCCUGGAACAGCAGGCUGCAGGACUUGUUCCAGCAGGAGAAAGGCAGGAAGCGUCUGUCCGUCCCUCCGAGCCCCGGCCGACACAGGCAGGCUGCCGCCGACGAUAGCAAGAGCGGAGUGGACUCGUCCCCCCGUAACCCGUCCCCUGUGGUGCAGAACGGAGACAAAGAGGACCGUCACCUCUGCACGUUGCCCUCCACCUCCUCCUCCUCCAUGCUGCCGUCACCAGCAGAACUCGGAGCGGAUCCGUUCACACCUGGUCCCACCUUCAGCGAUCAAGACGCCGUCAGCAUCCCAGAAGAUGUGUUUGACGGACACCUGCUGGGCUCCACUGACAGCCAGGUGAAGGAGAAAUCCACCAUGAAGGCCAUCCUCGCCAACUUCCUGCCCGGCAACAGCUACAACCCCAUCCCUUUCCCGUUCGACCCGGACAAACAUUAUCUGAUGUACGAACACGAGCGAGUUCCCAUCGCCGUGUGUGAGAGAGAGCCGAGCUCCAUCAUCGCCUUCGCUCUCAGCUGUAAGGAAUAUAAAACGGCGCUGGAGGAUUUGUCCAAAGUUUCAAACGCAGGCGGAGAUGAGACUCCACAGGUCGUCAGCGGCGGGGAGAGUCGGGUGCGGAGCAGCCCGGCGCGGCCCAGCGAGUCGGCCUCGUCGCAGCAGAGCCGCAGCAGCUCAGAGACCGACCCGCUCAAGGACGCCGACCUGACCGACAAACAGAAGAAACAGACUCUGAAUCCUCACGUGGAGCUGCAGUUCUCCGACGCCAACGCCAAGUUCUACUGUCGGAUUUAUUACGCCGAGGAGUUCCACAAGAUGCGCGAGGAGAUCAUGGAGAGCUCGGAGGAGGAUUUCGUCCGCUCGCUGUCUCACUGCGUCAACUGGCAGGCGAGAGGAGGGAAGUCUGGAGCCGUGUUCUACGCUACUGAAGACGACCGGUUCAUCCUGAAGCAGAUGCCCCGGCUGGAGGUCCAGUCCUUCCUGGACUUUGCUCCUCAUUAUUUCACCUACAUCACUGGAGCAGUGCAGCAGAAGCGGCCCACGGCGCUGGCCAAGAUCCUGGGAGUUUACCGCAUCGGUUACAAGAACUCUCAGAACAACACGGAAAAGAAACUGGACCUGCUGGUGAUGGAGAACCUGUUCUAUGGACGCAAGAUGGCUCAGGUGUUUGACCUCAAAGGUUCUCUGAGGAACCGUAACGUGAAGACGGACUCGGGGAAGGAGAGCUGCGAGGUGGUUCUGCUGGACGAGAACCUGCUGAAGCUGAUCCACGACAACCCGCUGUACAUCCGCUCGCACUGCAAGGCCAUCCUGCGCGCCGCCAUCCACAGCGACGCCUACUUCCUGUCCAGCCACCUCAUCAUCGACUACUCGCUGCUGGUCGGCCGCGACGACGCCACCGACCAGCUGGUGGUCGGCAUCAUUGAUUAUAUCCGGACGUUUACGUGGGACAAGAGACUGGAGAUGGUCGUCAAAUCCACCGGGAUCCUCGGAGGACAAGGGAAGAUGCCCACCGUGGUGUCUCCGGAGCUGUACCGGGCUCGUUUCUGCGAGGCCAUGGACAAAUACUUCCUGAUGGUGCCGGACCACUGGACCGGCCUCGGCAUCAACUGCUGACCUGCUGCCGUAACGGCAGUAACACAAGCACACUGGACUGUAAAUGAUUGUGUAUAUAUAUAUAUGAACAGGAUCAUUCCAACACACCAGUUUUUUAUGGUUUCAGUAUUAGAUGAUAAUUUAUCCUCUGAGAAUCUGUCGGAGGGUUUCUGUUGUUUUAUUGGUGCCAAGAGUCCAAAACAGUUUCAUCCAGUCUCAGCGUUUGUAAAACAAACUAAUUAAUGUAAUUUAAAGUUUGUAAAUGUACAGAGAUUAUGUACCUAUUAAAAGAUUAACACAGAGCGUCUGUUUGUUU